CUUGGACACGUCGAGCCGGGAGGGGGGAACCCUAGAAAGGAAACAGGGUGAGGCCGGUGGCCCUUCAGGAGGACGCGGCCCAGUUGCGUCGGGCUGCUGGGCGAAGGAAGGAAGGAAGCAGCCGCCGCCGGAGGAGAGGAGGAGGAAAGCAACGAGCAGAGCAGUCGGGCGGUGGGGGAGAAGCUCGCCGCCGCCGCCGCCAAGACAAAGAACUGAGGCCGCCGGGGCAAGAAACCCUCUCCUCGCCCCUCUCCUGCCCGCCUCCUCCUCUUCCUCCUGCCAUUAUUAAUCCGCUCCCGCUUCCCUCCUCCUGGGCCGGAGAGUUCCGAAACCCCCAGAGAAGCCCGCGACACGCAGACCGCCCCCUUCGUCUCGCGGUCAGCUACAGUUGGAAGAAAUCUGGCAAAAGUCCUAGUAUAAGCAGCAAAAGAAAACAACCGUAGCCUUCCAGUUAGGGAACGAUCAUCUUUAAAGUGUGCAGAGAAACAUCUGAAAGCCUAACUUUGCUCCAAGGUCCUCACUUUCAGCAUCUAGACUCUGAAUUGUGUCAAAGAGGGACUCCAUGAAAGAUGACAGAAGAAGUUAUUGUUAUAGCAAAGUGGGAUUACACUGCACAACAGGACCAAGAACUUGACAUAAAGAAGAAUGAACGCCUCUGGCUGCUGGAUGAUUCCAAAACAUGGUGGAGGGUAAGAAAUGCAGCCAACAAAACAGGAUACGUGCCGUCGAAUUAUGUUGAGAGAAAGAACAGCUUGAAGAAGGGGUCCUUGGUUAAAAAUCUGAAAGAUACAUUGGGUUUGGGUAAAACGAAGCGGAAGACAAGUGCCAGAGAUGCCUCACCAACCCCUAGCACUGAUGCAGAGUACCCAUCCAAUGGUAGCAGUGCUGAUCGGAUUUAUGAUUUGAACAUCCCAGCAUAUGUUAAAUUUGCCUAUGUGGCAGAGAGGGAAGAUGAACUGUCUCUUGUAAAAGGAUCUCGAGUCAUUGUUAUGGAAAAAUGCAGUGAUGGCUGGUGGAGAGGGAGCUACAAUGGACAAAUUGGCUGGUUUCCUUCAAACUAUGUAGUGGAGGAAGUUGAAGAGGCAACUGCUGAUUCACCGAGUUUUCUAAGUUUGAGGAAGGGAGCAUCCAUGAGUAAUGGUCAGGCCAUGAAAGUACUUCACAUUGUUCAGACCUUGUAUCCAUUCAGUUCUGUCACAGAAGAAGAGCUCAACUUUGAGAAAGGAGAAACCAUGGAAGUCAUAGAGAAACCUGAAAAUGACCCAGAAUGGUGGAAAUGUAAAAAUUCUCGAGGGCAAAUUGGUCUUGUUCCCAAAAACUAUGUAGUAAUCUUAAGUGACGGGCCUAAUAUUAACACUUCCCAUCCACCUCCAAUAAGCUACACAGGACCCUCUUCUACAGGACGGUUUGCAGGAAGAGAAUGGUAUUAUGGGAAUGUUACUCGGCAUCAGGCAGAAUGUGCUCUGAAUGAAAGGGGAGUGGAAGGGGACUUCCUUGUCAGAGACAGUGAAUCUUCGCCCAGUGACUUUUCCGUAUCUCUAAAGGCAUCAGGGAAGAACAAACAUUUCAAGGUGCAGCUUGCGGACAAUGUCUAUUGCAUUGGGCAGCGUCGAUUUAAUACUAUGGAUGAAUUGGUGGAACACUACAAAAAGGCUCCUAUCUUCACAAGUGAACAUGGGGAAAAGUUAUAUCUCGUCAAAGCACUUCAGUGACGUUGAAGAUGGACUCGGCCUGCGGGGCCCCUUAUAACUUACAAGCCUUAGGUCCUACAUUUGCUUUUCUAAAGCAGAGCAGUCUACACCAGUCUGAGACAGUUGUCAGAGAAUCUCCUCUUCGCUCUGUUGGGUUAUAUUCUCUCUGCCCCACCUCCUCCUUUUUUUGUUUGGUUUUCUACUUUGUCCUUUUAAAAACUCAGUUGCUUCACAUUCCCCUCAGGUUGAAAAUUUUCACUGAAGUGGCCAUUGCGAGCACUCAUUUUCUUCCCUGGUUUCUAAACUCCUCCAUUCUGUGUACGUUUACAUAGUUAGUUCACAUAAAUGAGGGGUGUUCUCAAUUUACAGCAGUGUUAAAUUGUUCAAAUAGCUCACGCUGGCACGGCGCUAGCAAAGCUUAUCAUUAGAGAGACUGGGCACAGUUUGAAUGCACUGAACCUGCAGCUGGCUAAGUUAAAUAUAGUAGACAUAACAGUUGUGGCUGUGAGUUCUGUAGCUAUUUUGCUUACCAAGUAGUAUAUUCCAGAAAUUCCUAGUUUCUAGAAGCACUCUUUACACUCUCUACUCAACUAUUCCAUUGCCUCCUUUGACUCUUUGUGAAGAGUACACUAACUAAGCAUUUUGUAAUAGAAUUUCUUAAACUACUAUGGUAAGAUUGUAGUACAAGACAACUAUCUAGCUUACUUUGACAUGUAAUUGCAACAGAGAUGUUUCAUUGAAAGUUGAUUACGUAGAGAAUCAUUGAAUCAUAAUGGUUGAAUGUUUUGGUAAUCUACAGCCAAAUGUGCCAUCCGCAUAAUGCUUUCUCUUCUUGCCCUUCUGCUUGUUUGAAUUAAACAAUUAUGUAUUUAAUUCUUAAAGUAAUAUGUAUCUGUAGCUGAUUGACACUAAUACAGAAGUUUAAUAAGCAUAAUUAAUUAUGGGUGGGCGGGGCUUCCAACACAUACAUGCAUACAUAUAAUAUAUAAUAUAUAUAUUUGCAUUACAGAAAAAAAAUCAGGGUUUACAAAAGGUGGUGCGAUUGGUAGUAAGACACACAGAAUGUUAUAUGAAGAAAGUGCAUUUUCUUUUUCUCAACUUUUAACCUUCUUAUGGUUUUAAAUAUAGUCUUGAUGGCACAUUCCUGAAAACUGAAGAAAAAAGAAAAGAAAAGAACCCUUAUCCCCAGAACUUGCAUACCCAAUUUUUUUAGCUAUUGUAAUAAAAAAGGUAUCAUGUGAAGAUGGAGUAUUUACUUUAUCCUUUGGUAAUGGCCUUGAGAUUGGUAUAGCAUGAUGAAAUGUAUUUUAAAAAAAUUCCCCAUUUAUAUAUUGUGUAGGAUUUAAGUAACUUGAACAGUUUGGGCAAAACAAAAAGCUGAUAUCGUUAUUUUUUGUAAUCUUGAAUUUUACAUGUAUGACUGGUUGCUUGAUUGCAUUCUUUUAAAAUCUUAUGCAAUUUCGUGCUAGGUUUCAGCACUCCUUUAUAGUUGCAUUGCUGCCUGUAUUAAAGGGCCUGUCAUUAUAGUAGGCUUUACAGUUCUUAACUCCUGUCAGCAAUAGCCAUUAUACUCAGUGGUCUGUAUUACAGAGUCAAGACAAUGGGCGAGAUAUCUCCUCAAGAUUAUUAAAAUUCUUUGGACUGGCUUUAAUAUAGUAUCGGAAGACUUUAAAAGGGGAUUAAACAAAAAUCAUGGAAGAUGGGUUUAUCAGUGGAUUUUAGCCAUGAUCAUGAAAUUAACCCCAUAUUCAGAGUUGGUGUGUCUCUUAAUACCAGUUGCUUGCAUGGAGCGAGCGAGGAGGUUUCCUUUGUCUUGUGAGUUUCCUGGAGUGUCAGAUUGGCUACGAUGGCAGAUAAUAUGUUAGAAUGAUUCUGCAGGACUGCUCUUACACUAUUACAGAUUUUCCAUAUGUUCCAGUUCAGUCUCAAAAUCAUCAUAGAGUCUGCCUCAGUUUAUGUCUAUUUAGACAUAUAUAGGCCACAAGAAUACCUUCCGAAUCACUUGCAUUGAUAUUAACAGAACUAUUCUGUAGUAAAAAGAUUGUGGCAUGCAGUGGUAGGCUUUAGUGGUACUAAACAGGCUUACUUCCAAGUAGGUACACUCUUUAGCUUGUGUGCCACAGCUGUAAAUACAUUCAGUCGCCAUCAGCCAGGAACAAAGACAUUUUGAAGCCAAAGCAGGAAGUUCUCCCUUUAUCCUGACAUCUUGUCUAACAGAAGCUGGCAGCAGGCGCUUGCGAAUCAGUUGGCAAGGGAUCUGCAUGUCCACAGGAAGGUGUCUUCUCCACCUCCACCACUUAAAGACUGGCUUAAGCUCUAUGUGCAUAAACACUUUAUUUAAAAUGACCUCAACUCCUCUGAUGUAACUGUGGAUGAUUUCAUCUAUGAAUGUGUCUAAUAUAUUUUGAAUCUUAGUAUGUUCACGGCUGGCCUUAGCAUGGUGGCAGAUCCUCAGAAAAUCAUUCACUGUGGAUAUAAAAACAAAAAAUCCUGUCCCCAGUUUUAAAUUGUGUUGCUUUUAAGUUUUUUGCAUUUUAUUGUAUUUAUUUUCUUGGACAUAAAUAGAUGAGCCCAAUGCUUUUUUUGGAAUUGUGAUUUUAAGCUUCUCUAUAUUGAAUGGUUCAAGUAGGAAUUCUAGUUGGGAAUGUUCACAGAUUGGAUUGAAAUCACCUACACUUUUUCAUGGCCAAAUCUUGUUGAAAUCUAUUUCAGUUUGCUUGUGCAGAUCCUGAUGAAUUCUACACACUUAAGCAAGCAAACAAAAAGCUCUUUAGAGGUUGGAAUAUCAAAUCCAGCAAAUAGCUUGGGUCAAAAAGGUUGCAAUAAGUUUUGUAUGAUGGAUCUAUAUUCUACAUGUCGCUUUCUAUUUCAAUACAACAAAAAUAUGUUUGCCAUUACUUAUAAAUGUGAUGAUGGAGCUCUUGACAGUGAGAUGUGCAUUUUUUCUUGACUGAUAGCUUACUUUAUUACACCUCAAAUGCAAAAAUAAAUAGCUCAGAUUAUUCCUUCCAGUGGGUAGCAGCUUGACUUUGUCAACAGUGAAUUUGGUAACUGAGUUGCACAGUCCCCAAACUUCAUUUCAGUCCAUUUGAACCUCUUUGCUACUUUUUAGGGGUUUGGUCUCAAAAACAUGUCCUUUUAUAGGUUUGUAAGGUGAUUUUUAACAUUUUGAUCUUGUUUUCUAUAUUUAACAAAUUCCAAAUUGUUUAGAAGUUAUUAAGACAUUUUAUUUUACAAUAAAAUAUAUUUUAUUUUUAUUUUAUUUCAUCAUU